GGGGCCUCGAGCCAAAUCGUGCCCGCCUAAAACAGGUAGUAUCCCCUCCAGUCACUCACCCCCCCUCCAAAACACCCCCAAAAUACACAGGACAGACCUUCUCAGAUUCAAACCUAGCAAUGUUCAGAACCAUCUUUCUCUUAAAAACUCCGCUCAGAUCUCUCUACCAAACCCCCCUUUUCUUUCCUUCUGCCCUUUCUCCCUCCUUCCAAACAAAUACCCCCUCCCUUUUGAAAAUCCCACCCAACCCAUUUUUCACAACCCCCUCAAACAACACAUUUCCACCAAAUUCAAUCCUCUGUUCUCCAUUUUCUUCUCAGUCGUCACGGCAGAAGAAGGCCGAUGAAGACUAUGAAGAUGAUGGGGGUGGAGAGUUCAUAGUCAACAGGGACCCGAAGAGCCCACCAAAGUUGUUCAUCAUCCAGCCGCGGUUACGGCCUGACACCCUUCUGCAGGCGAAGCUCGACGAGGCUUUGAACCUCGCGAAUUCUCUCGAGGAGCGGCGGGAUGGUGAUGAAUGUGGCGAAUUCGGGGAGAGGGAGAUGCCGCCACACCUUAUUGUUCAGAACCCGGCUGCGAGAUCACCCAAGGCGCAUGCAGACACGUAUUUUGGACAGGGGACCGUGGAAAAUGUGAAAUGCCAUCUAAAUGCUUUGGAAUCAGGGGACAAAUUGGAUGCAGUUUUUGUAAAUACAAUCCUUUCUGGGAUUCAACAGCGCAAUUUGGAGGCAACUUGGGGCAUGCCAGUUUUGGAUCGUGUGGGUCUUAUAAUUGAGAUAUUCAAUGCUCAUGCCCAAACAAAGGAAGCGAAACUGCAGUCGGAGUUGGCUGCUCUAAUGUACAAGAGGACUAGACUUGUUCGUCUGCGUGGCCCUGAUGGAAGUCUUACAUUCGGAGCAGCUGGAGAGGCUGAGGUUGUCAGUGCUCGAGGGAGAGGAAGCGGGGGGCGUGGUUUUAUUAGUGGUGCUGGAGAAACUGAACUCCAGCUUCAACGUCGGAGGAUUUUGGAGCGGAGGAACCAUUUACUAUCUCAAAUUGAAGACGUCCGUCGAACUCGAGCUUUGCAACGUUAUGCUCGCAGAAGGCGUGGUGGCUCACAAGGUCAAGGCCUAGCUACUGUUGCUGUUGUUGGGUAUACAAAUGCCGGGAAAUCUACUCUAGUCAGCGCUCUUUCAGAUAGUGAUCUAUACAGUGAUGAUCGAUUAUUUGCAACUGUGGAUCCCCGAUUAAGAAGUGUAAUUCUUCCAUCAGGGAGGAAAGUGCUUCUCAGCGAUACGGUAGGAUUUAUCUCAGACUUGCCCGUGCAGUUAGUAGAAGCAUUUCAUGCAACCCUAGAAGAAGUUGUAGAAGCAGACCUUCUCGUGCAUGUGCUGGACUCUAGUGCUUUCAAUGUCGAUGAGCAACGGUCGACUGUACUUCAGGUGCUGCAGCAGAUAGGGGUGUCUGAGGAAAAGCUCCAAAACAUGAUUGAAGUUUGGAAUAAGAUAGAUCUUCUAGAAACAGAAACUGUAGCCAACAAAUCUCUAGAUCAAGGUGAUGAUGAUGAGGGCAGUGGUUUCUCAGAAGCAGAAGAGCAUGACAUGGCAUCCGAACUGUCCCCUAGAGAGAUUGAUGAGGAUGAUAUCGCAUCUGAGCUGUUGCCGGUAAUAGAGGCUGUUGACGAUGAUCAGAACCGAUCCUCAGAGGAUGUGAUGAUGAAUGGUGAAGAUACACCUACUCAGCCUCAAGAUGUUCAAUGCAUUAAAACAUCUGCGACUAUGGGAGUUGGCUUGCAAGAGUUGCUGAGCCUCAUUGAUGGGAAGCUAAAUACAAGAAAAUCAAUGGAAAACAGUUUUGACCGUAAAUGGAGACCUCCUUCUGCUGACGGUGACACUGCAGUUGAACAAUAGGUGGUUUUUGUACCCCACUGAAGCUGGAAACUCAAGCGAUUCACGGGUCAACGAUCAAGAUGGUUGAGUGCCUAUUGUCGGGGUAAGCAUACAUUUUUGUACAAGACCAGUGGUCUAGGUUUCACAAUCCUCAACCAUUGCUUGCUAUCAACACAUAGAUGAAAAUUUCUCAAAGAACAUAGGAUUUUGUUGCUAUAGAAACUUGAUGGUCCACUUUCUUUGUAGAGACAUAAUUAUUUAAAUUACAAUAAUCCCUUCUUAAGGGAGUUCUUUUU